UAAGAGGAUAAGAUCGAGAUGCGCGACACACAGACACCCUCUGCCCUCUGUAAACUGCUGUUCGUAUACGGAAUUUAAAACUCGAUUGGAGCAAGUAGAUACGUAAUAAUUCGCAAUUAAACCCCCAAAAUCAUUUGCAGCAGUUUUAGAUCGGAAUCAUGGCUGAAUUUAGAGAGAGAAACCGUGUGAGAAAGUGAAAACUGAAUGCGGCGGCUACAACCACAACCACAAUCACCACCACCACCACAAUCCAGCAAUCUGUAAGUUUUCACAGGCUGUAUAGUAGAAAGAUAGUCAUGGCGGAGACAAACGGAGGGUCAGCAGCUGCAGCACCACCACCACAACAACAACGGCGAGUUCCUCCAAUGAUUGCGCUUCCACCACAAACUUCGUUCGAAACCCUAUUCACCGGCGGACCUGGACCAGGGUUCAGCCCUGGACCGAUGACCCUCAUCUCGAAUUUCUUCUCCGAUCAUAACACUGACAUCGAUUGCCGCUCGUUUUCUCAGCUUCUCGCUGGAGCCAUGGCGUCCCCUGCAUCUCAAAUCCCACCUACUUCUAUGUUUGACGAUUGUUCUUCCUCGAAACAACCUGAUUCAGAAAAGAAACAAGGGGGAUUCAAGCAAAAUCGACCCAUGGAUUUGGUAAUCGCCCAAUCCCCAUCUGGGUUCAUGUUCCCAUCUACGUUUAGUCCUUCUGGAUUACUCAAUUCUCCAGGGUUCUUCUCACCUCUUCAGAGUCCAUUCGGAAUGUCUCACCAACAAGCAUUAGCUCACGUGACAGCACAAGCCGCAUUAUCCCAAUCUUAUUUCAAUCAAAUCCAACCCGAAAACCAAAACAAAUCAUCACAAUCACACGAAGAACCACAAAUAGUCAACACAAAGUCAGACCUCUCAGAUUCCCAAAUCGGGUCACCCGAUGACGUGUCGUUUUCCCAAUCUGACAUCAGCGAACCCCGCCACGUCAUCACCGCACCUACCGACACCAAUGAUGGCUACAAUUGGAGAAAAUACGGGCAAAAACAGGUCAAAGCAAGUGAGCAUCCACGAAGCUACUACAAAUGCACACACGCAAACUGCCCGGUGAAGAAAAAAGUCGGGCAGUCAUUCGAUGGGCAUAUAAGUGACAUUGUGUAUAAAGGUCAACACAAUCAUGACCCACCAUUGGUGAAUAAGAGAGGUAAAGAAAGCGCUGAUGUCAGCAAACCGAAUAAUUAUCAAUUUGAGACACGGGUAGUUGAGGCUGCUGCCCAACCUGCCCGUGAUAUUCCUCGGUCAAAUGAGUUGAUUAGAAUCGAUGAGUCGGACGAUGAACCUAAUCCAAAAAGAAGGAACACGGAAGUGGGGCCUGUGGCUGCGCCCGUGGAAUCGAAUUUUUCUCAUAAUAAGAUGGUGGCAGAACCAAAAAUAGUGGUGCAAACAAGAAGUGAAGUUGAUCUUUUAGAUGAUGGAUUUAAGUGGAGAAAAUAUGGUCAGAAAGUGGUCAAAGGGAAUACUAAUCCAAGGAGUUAUUAUAAAUGUACGUAUGCAGGAUGCAAUGUGCGAAAGCAUGUAGAGCGGGCCCCAUCGGACCCGAAAUCAGUGGUGACAACAUACGAAGGCAAACAUAAUCAUGAUAUACCUGUAUCUAGGCAUCGAGCCUACAACACUGAAAAGGGUACAAAUGUAAAAUCAUCAUCACAACGUAAAGAAACCAAAUUUGGAAACAAUGAAAGACCUGUUCUUUUACAGAUGAAAGAAGAGAAAAUCACUGCGUAAAACUUAAACUAUCGUUUUUUUAUAAAACUUGUAAUGAAAAUAUCAAAUAGGGGUUGUUAUUUAUGGUUCAUAUUAUAACAGAAGAAUACUAUAGUAGUACAUUUUAAAUGGGAUUCUGUCUUCAGUCUUGUUUUGUAGUUUGUGUAUUUGAUUGGUUAUUGAAGUUA